AGGGAAUAUUUUGUUAAAGACAAAAUGAUAGGAGUGGAGGGAAUAUCUAUGCCAAUGGCUGGCAAUCUCCGUCUUAAUAAACUACUCCAAAUUACCCAGAUGCUUUAUGUGGCCAAAGAAGGAAAAUAUUUAUUUCCGGAAAAAAUGGAAAAUAUCAGAGGCAACAAAGAAAUGCCCCAAAACCCAUCGAUGAUUAAAUAUUACCAAAAUUUUGCUUUACAUGAGGAAGAGUUUUCUUUCCUUCUUCGCUUAUUAAUCAUUACUUCCCAAAAUGAAGAGGAAAUUAAAGAAGAUGAAAAGCAAUUUAUUUCCCAAUAUGAAAUUCGUAAAUUACCUGAUUGUUUAAAAAUUGACCCUUCUUUUGUCAGAAUACACCAGAAAAAUCAGAAUGAGUAUGAUUUUAUUGUAAAGAAGCAUGAAGAUUAUCGUAAUGACAAACUGAAUGCUACUAAAUUACGACCACCUAUUGAAAUUGAAAUUAAAUAA